AUUAGGUUGGUAUGGUAAGCAGCGACCAACCAAGCUACGACUGCUGUAAAGGGAAAACGUAACACUGGAGCAAGAACGAACUCGACUUCCAUCAUCAUCCAUUGACUUUUUAAAUUUUCACCAUCUUCAUCAUCAAUCACAAACUAAAACAAUAACGUCGCGUCUCUACUGAAUUCUAGAUUACCAUUAAACUGCGCACGAACAAUCCUUUUUGCCCGUUAACGAAAUAAUUCUACCAUUCGAGUCGCGACAAUGGGCGACGUUCUGGUAGAAAACCCGGCCAACAGUGUGGCACCACACAACAAGCCCAUCCCAUCCACUAUCCCUAAUGUCGAGAGCAUCGAGGGCAUACCGGCACAAGGAGGAGACGAAUAUGCUGUAUUAAAAAAGCUACAGAGACAUUUGGAAUACAUCCAACUGCAGGAGGAAUACAUCAAGGAUGAGCAAAGGAGCUUAAAACGUGAGCUUGUUCGAGCGCAAGAAGAAAUCAAGAGAAUCCAGAGUGUACCGUUAGUUAUUGGUCAAUUUAUGGAAGCUAUCGACCAAAACACCGGCAUAGUUCAAUCUAGCACAGGAUCCAACUACGUCGUCCGCAUCCUCUCGACCCUCGACCGCGAGAAGCUCAAGCCUUCAUCCUCCGUCGCCUUGCACCGCCAUUCCAAUGCCCUCGUCGACAUCCUACCCCCGGAGGCCGACUCCUCCAUCGCCAUGCUUGGCGCCGACGAGAAGCCCGACGUUACCUACGCCGACGUUGGUGGUCUAGAUAUGCAGAAGCAGGAGAUCCGCGAAGCUGUCGAAUUACCCUUGACACACUUCGAUCUGUACAAGCAAAUCGGUAUCGACCCGCCGCGCGGUGUCCUACUCUACGGUCCUCCCGGUACCGGAAAGACUAUGCUAGUCAAGGCCGUCGCCAACUCCACAACUGCCAACUUCAUCCGCGUCGUCGGUUCCGAGUUCGUCCAGAAGUACCUGGGUGAAGGUCCCCGCAUGGUCCGCGACGUCUUCCGUAUGGCGCGCGAGAACUCACCCGCCAUCAUCUUUAUCGAUGAGAUUGACGCCAUCGCCACCAAGCGUUUCGAUGCUCAAACCGGUGCUGAUCGCGAAGUCCAGCGUAUUUUGCUCGAGCUUCUAAAUCAGAUGGACGGUUUCGACCAGACCUCCAACGUCAAGGUCAUCAUGGCGACCAACCGUGCUGAUACCCUCGACCCAGCUUUACUACGUCCCGGUCGUCUCGACCGAAAGAUCGAGUUCCCCAGUCUCCGCGAUCGCCGUGAACGUCGUCUUAUCUUCACUACCAUUGCUAGCAAGAUGAGUCUCGCGCCCGAAGUCGACCUCGAUAGUUUGAUUGUUCGUAACGAUCCUCUUAGCGGUGCUGUGAUUGCUGCUAUUAUGCAAGAAGCUGGUCUCCGCGCUGUUCGCAAGAACAGAUAUAAUAUCAUCCAGGUCGAUCUUGAGGAUGCUUACUCCAGCCAGGUCAAGGGUACUACUGAUGAUAACAAGUUUGACUUCUACAAAUAGACAGGACGAAAGGACGGCAGGAGAAGGAAUCUUUGGCAUGAUAUGGAUUUUCGGGGGACCUGGGCGACGAGUCAGAAGGGAGGUCUCAUGGCUAGUUUUGCUUGUCUCGGGUACAUCCUAGCAUUGCCAAUAGAGAUUCGAUGGAGAUAGUAAUGGCCUUCUGAAUGCCCAGCAUAGGAAUAGGCCUAGUGUAAAACUGUAUCAUCAUACCAAUACAAUCAAGACGGUAAUCAUCAUA